AUGGAAGAAAUUGCGAUUCGCGCGCUGGUCAAGUCGCUGUUGAUGUGCAGCGCGUUGUUCAAGGGUCCGCAGCCGAACCUCGCUGAGCUGAGGCUAUUCGAAUUCAAGGACGGCGGGAUUCUAAUGGAAACGCUCGACUGGAAUGAACGACUUGUACCGUAAGUUGGAGCCUUGUUUGUUCUUGUUUCUAGAGGUGUCAGUUUCGCACGCUUUAUCCUGGAACUUUGGAUGAAUCUACGGCGUGUUGGCUUGUUAGAAAUGUUGUUUCGGCGUUCGACUGACGUUUUUUUUAUUUUUCGUGGUUUCGAGGCCAGUUCUUUUGGAAAUUAGCUGAAAAUGCUAACAGAAAGUACUUCUAUGGGCUAUGGAGUUACCGGUCGAGGCAUACAUCAAAAAGUCGCAAAGUUUUUCUGAUUCAGAAUAUGCAAAGAUUAGCUGCCUAGUUUUGAUUUGUAAGGGACCCUCAGAACUUUUCUCACAACGCCACGUAACUACGUUUUUUUGACCAAGUUUGCACCAAAUCAGAAGCUUGUUUUUGAGCUAAAGCAAAUCCUGGUAUCUUGACAAGCCUUAAAAUAUCAAAUUUGAUUAAUACUACGGGUUAAUUAGUGGUUGCAUUAUGAAAAAGAGGCAUUUGCGUGGUGUUGCGAGAAAAGUUCAGAGGAUUUUUUCGCCCUUACAAACCAAAAUUAGGCAGCUAAUUUUUACAUAUUCUGAAUCAGAAAAACUGCGAUUUUUUGAUGGAUAUCGCGACCUGUAACUCCAUAGCCCAUGGAAGUACUUUCCUUGUCAAUUAUGUCCCUAUUUCAGGAAGCCGAUCGAGUUCAACGGAACAAUCGAGGGCGUUAACCUGCAGAUGGUGGUGAAGGGAGAUGCGAUUGAGCUCGGCGGCCAGGUCACAGUCAAAGAAAGUGACGGGAAUCGGGUGUAAGUUGAACCUUUCUUCAAUUUAUGUGCAACAUAUUUCAGCCAUUGCCCCGUUGCCGGCGACGCCAAUGCAGUACGAAUUGUUACCACGCCCGACGACUGUAGUAUCCACUUUUAUGUGUACCGAAUCAAGGACAAGCUCUAUGGCAUUGCAAAUAAGCGGCGAAAGGUCGCAGCGAUUUUUGACCUGGAUGGGGAACGAAUGGAAAUGAAGGAAAUACCCGUCGUCGUGGACGGAAACUUGGGCCUGAACCAGGCCGGCGGGACGUAUGUGUACAAAGACGGCGAUGGGAAGUGCCAGGAAAUGCCCGUGGGUUCGUUGGCUUUGAAUUGGACGCCCUAUUCAUGCAAUAAAGUCAAGAUUUCCUUGGUCGCAAAUCAAGAGUCCGCAUGGUAUCAUGUCGUAAGGUUCAUGCCAAGUUUUUACAUGUGCAAGUUGCAGCAGUACCUCCAAGUCAUGCACGACUGCGAAUUGGCGUCAUUUAUCCCAAAAAAUGAGCUCAAAAACGUCUACGUUCGGUUCCUCUACGAAAAUGUCAGCCUUCUGUGAGUGGAAUGUAUGCCUUUUUGGACAACUUUUUAGAUCCCUAUCCCCGGCACCAUCGACAGAAAGAAGCGGUCGCGUGACGUAUGAGGAGCAGUUGUACAUUGCGAUCGGCGUGUUGUCUAUUGUCGCCUUCCUCCUCUUCCUUGCUAUUGUCCUGGCGUAUUGGGUGAGUUGGGACUGAUGGAGUCUUUUGGCAGAAAGUCCAUCAUUUCGAUGAAAUGUGUGGAAGAAAUUCUUUUUUCUCCUUCAGUUCAAUCGGAAGACAGUGGCAGCCCGUUCGAGGAGAUUCCGAAGGCCGAAGACGCCCGAGCAGAAACAGGUGAAUCCCAACGUCGAAGUACCCCAUUUCGUUCUGCAAGAGCUUACCGACGAAGAGGACAUGGGUGAUGAGUAGGUUUAUAAAUGGAACUUCUGAAACUUUCUUUCUUUUUUUGGUGUUGCACUUUUUCUCUGAUCUUUAUAACUUUGUUUGAGCUUUAUAAUAGGCUUGGCAUUUUCAGAGAAGACGAAGAAAACCCCCUCGACACUUUGCCGACCAUGGCCCUGAACGAGGGGGAAAUCGUUCACGACGAUAGUCUCCAGCUGGAUCUUCCCACCCUGAUCGACCUCGGCACGCACAGGUACACCCAUGUCGGCCACCUGGGCAGUGGCAGCUACGGCACGGUGCAUGAGUACAAGGCGGAGCACGGCGACAAAGACGCGGUGGCCGUCAAGUUCCAACCCACCACGACUCCCACAGAGAAGCAGCGUGCCAAAGGGGAGUUUAUGUUGAUCCGGAAAAUUCGCCUCUAUGCCGGCAGGUGAGUUUUUGUUGAUUGUUUAUUCUUUCUGCGGGAUUUUGCGCCCGAAGUGGUAUACGUCAAAGGUUGAAGACGGAAAGGUCCGCUAAAAAAAGGAAAGAGGAGGGCGGGGGGAGGGGGGAGGGAGGUUUUCGAUGGCGCUGACUUCGAAAAUCAUAUCAAUUUUUCUGAAUUUUCUUAAGCAGUAGUGUCUAAGAGGUUUUCGAUGGCGCUGACUUCGAAAAUCGUAUCGAACUGAUGAAGAUUAAGGCAAAAAUUCAGAAGAAAUAGAUACGAUUUUCAAAAUCAGCACCAUCGAAAACCCCUAAAUCGAUUACUAAAAAAAUUUUUUUUUAUUACUAAUUAACACUACUGCUUAAGCAAAAUUGUAAAAUUCAGAAAAAAUUGAUGCGAUAUUCGAAAUCAGCGCCAUCGAAAGGCUGCGACAAUUGUGCAUGCGCCAUGUGGAGAUGCUAAUAGCAACAAUACGGCCAAUACCUUGUGUGAUAAACGUUUUUUCAGCGAUCCGUACGUCUUGCUAGUGUUGGAUGUGGGCCAGUAUCCGAACUACGUCUUUUUCGUCUCGCCCUUGUACGAACUGUGCAUGCAGGAGGCCGUGGACGGGAUUUUGAGGCGCGCCACCUACGCCCAGAAGCUGAACGCCUGCUACCAGAUGCUGUUGGGAAUCCUGGACCUGCAGCGCUUGGGGUAUGCGCACAAUGACAUCAAGCCGGCGAACUAUAUGCAGAGAAGGCGAACUGAGAACAAAGUGAGUUGCCGCACUGUGCAGAUUUUCUUUUUUUUCGUUUUUUGCACUGUGCAGUUUAUUUUUGCGCAUUUUUUUACACUGCAGGGUUUACGCUUUUUUCUUGCAGAUCGUCCUCUGCGACUUCGGCAUGGCGAAGAAGUUCGGAUCGAAGCGGCUGCCCGGCCGUGGCACUUUAUUAUUCAUGCCGAUUACGGCGCUCAGGGGUGACCUGGUGAGCAUGGUGGACGAUUUGAAUUCCUGGUUCUAUGUUUAUUGCGUGGUCGUGUGCGGAGGCAUUCCGUACUCGCCGCCGACGAAUCGCGACCUUCCGUAUCAGCAGUUGGUGCAGACAUAUCUGAAGGCCCAACUCGAAGGUGUGCCGCGGUUUCGGACUGAUUUUGAGGACCGCGAAAUCAUUGGAACGCUCAGGGAAUUGAUUUGGAACAAGCCUCCGGGCGACACGAUCGAUAUGAACGCGGUCAAGAAGACCUUGGAUGAGGUGAGUCUUUUUGAUUAAAAUUUGGAAUGUUGAGAUUAUUUUUUAUUAAUUUUUUUUUGUUUUCAGCUCCAAAUAAAGUUCCAGUUCAGUUACAUGGAUCCGUGGUGGGACGUUCCUCCAGAAGAGACGACCAAAGGCGAGUCAGUGGCCACGGAGGUCGGCGUGAAAUCCGAGAUAAAGUCGACCAUGACGGAAUCGGAAGCAGGGACUCGUGACGAACCAAUGAAGCCAGAAGAGAACAAGGCCGAGCUUGUGAAGCCGCAAGAAAAGAGGGUCGUUUCAAGGAAGGCCGGAGCAAGGAAGGCGGUAUCCAAGAAGGCCGAAUCUACGAAGCCAGAAGAAAAGAAAGCCGAAAAUACGAAGCGAGAAGAGAAGAAAGCCGAAAAUACGAAGCGAGAAGAGAAGAAGGCCCAUUCUACGGAGGAGCCUACGAAGCCAGAAGAAGAGAAGGCCGAAUCUACAAAACCAGAAGAAGAGAAAGCCGAAUCUGCGAAGUUAGACGAGAAGAAGACCGAGCCUAAAAGGCUCGGAGGACAAAAAAGUCGAGCCAGAAACCCAGCCGGGGCAACAAAUAGUGGCUCCGAACCCAUGAUUCUGGAGUAA